AUGAUACUCAGUAGAAGCUUGAGAGCUUCGACUGAUUUGUGUGCACUAGCUUGGACCUGCUGCUCUGACAGUUGUACGGUUAACCCACAUAACCCUAAAAAAGUAAAACGCCGUGCUAAUAUUCUCCGUUGGGUGAAGGCGGGAACAUCGGGCCUUCCGGACGUGCCGCUGUCUCGGAAUGCAGGUUUACACAAUCUGCACUCUCCACUGCGCUCGAAAAUCACCAGGGAAGCUCGCUCUGCUUCGGGAGCCGACGGGCGCGAUUUCGGAUUACGCCAGACGGCAGCUUACACGGCGCCAAGGAAGAACAGAGAAGGACCGAAAAAAAACUACAGGAAUUUGUCCUUCAGUGCUCAUUCAAACACGGCAUAUGCGAUGAAAGGAUGUUUGCACGACCCGGCUUAUCUGGAUUGGCGUCAGAGCGUGAGUUGCAGAGAAGGUCUAGACGCGGCAAGUAUUACUCAGGCACCAAUUACAAUUAAAUCGUUGGCAGCAAGAAACAGAAGUCUGUGUGAGACAGAGCCACCUAGAAAUCUUGAUCCCUUUACCAGUAGUGCCGCAACAGACGCCCUUCUGGAUAUGAAAAACGGAAAAUUUGCUGUGCGACCUACCAAUAUAGUUGGUUCAAGUCCAGAUGCAGGUCUGUGUGAGCAACCAGAUGGCAAAAUUACAGCAGGAUCUUUCAUCGACUGGAAGAUGAUGGAGCACCAGGACUAUCAGACGAUACCAGACGAUCUUUUCGAUAAGUUAUCACGAAACCUGCACAUAAAGAAGAAAUGGCGACCCAUGAUAAGUUAUCUAGUAAGUUUAGGGCUGUCCACGUGUGAGCUGGAAAAGGUUCUUGUGAACUGCGAGGAAGUUUUCAGGCGCCCUGUGGCAAAAGUUGUUGCGCGAGUUGAAUACCUACAAAACGAGCUUGGUUUCGAGGGUGCCGAACUACGGAAACUAAUUAAAAAAGAGCCUAACGUUCUCUUGCAGCGAAAUCGCCACUCAAUUCCGCGUUGCCGCUACCUGAUGGAAUUGGGUAUACCAGCAGAGAAGUUGCCAACCCUUCUUCGGAAACAACCACAGAUUUUACAUCUUUCUGUUCAGAACGGACUUAUGCCUCGUGUUGCAUAUUUCAAAAAUGAGCUAUUAGUUUCAGACGCAGAAGUCGUGAAACUCAUCGAGCGGAACCCUGCUGUGUUGACUUUUUCGAUUGAGAAACAAAUAAAACCACGGGUGGAUUUUCUCAAAGACCUGGGUAUAUCACAUAAGAGUGUUGUUAAGAUGAUUGUCCGGCAUCCUCGCAUCUUGCAGUAUAGCUUCGAUGGUUUAGGAGAGCACAUCAACUUUUUGAUGUCUAUUGGUAUGGACGAGGAGGAUAUCGUGCACACUGUGACCCGAUUAUCGCAACUCUUUUCAUUAAGUGUCAGGGAUUCACUCAGACCAAAGUAUGAUUACCUCACUGGAGAGCUAGGUGGGGAUCUGAAGACAUGUGUAAAGUUUCCAGCAUACUUUUCUCUUUCUCUGGAUAAACGUAUCAAGCCUCGGCACACCUUCUUGAAGCGUUUCAAGUGUGCACCAGAACCUUUCCCGAUGAAGUAUCUUAGUGAAAACGACACGGCAUUUGCAGCUCGCGCAAAUAGAAGCCUUGAAGAGUUUGAGGAGUACAGGGAAGAGGUUGUUCCUAUCUUCAGGAUGGAGACGCUGCGCCGGAAGGCGCAAGCUGACGAGUCUUUUCAGACAGAUUUGCAGCACCACCGCAAGCGUGAGGCGAGGCUUGAACAACAGCACCGACUGCUGGAUAGGAACCAGGGUUAUAGCCAGAGGACAAUUGAUGCCCGAAACUCUAUGAAUCGCGUGAAGCUGUUGGGUGUUUCGCGGAAGUCUCAUUGAUUUUGGACAAAGACUGCGACUUUCUAUUGUGCUAGGUUUAUUACUUGUAAGAGCCAUCACGUAAAAGGUACCAAACAUAUUAACUCCUGAGGCAGCAGUCACGCCUUUUCUCUCCUAAGCUUCUAAGAAAGCAGGAACUGAGCUCAUAUCCUGUGAACCUUCCUCUUGUGCGAAAGUGGCUACUCGGCGCAGUUUGAAUACAACUUCUUUUGGAGCUCAAGUAUCUCCUUAUGUUUUGUCUCCUGCUUGAUUUCAAACACCUUCAGUAGUUUAUCGAUACGAACCGUUUCGUUCCGAAUGAAAUUGAGGCGCUUGCCUACGUUAUUCUUAGCCUCUACGAUAUCCUGCCUGAUCAAUACUGGCCCGAUGAGUUUAUAGACGCCAUUUUCUUCGUCGUCGAUUCUCUCGAGCUCCUUCAUAACCAUGUCAUUCUCACUGAAUUGCUGUACGAAUUGCCGGCGACUGUGCAUGCUUCGACUGAUCUCUUUCUGGAUCAUCUGAAAAUCGUUCGCCUCCAGCGCCAACUUGUCCUGGACCGACUUUGACGCAAUCUGCAUUCUAUGUGUAUGAAGAAAGCGUAUGAUGCGUUUCGCGAAGACCUGUCUCGUUUCUUCACAAGUGAGGUCUACUACAGCG